GUGGUUGGUGCGCAUCAAAAGGCGAAACGGUUGAGCUGAUUUCUGGGAAAAUGGCUCAGAGGGGAAUCAUGUCAUUUUUUGGGAAAGUUGACAACAAGUCACCGAGUUCGCAGAAGAAAAAGUCACCCUCAGCCACCACCAGCAACAAAUCGAAACAGAGCACACCAGUGAAACAUCAGAUAGAAGUUACUCCAGGCAGUGUUGAGAGGGGGAAGAAUGAGGCGGCCUGUAAUGGAGCCGACUCACCUGUCUUCAAGAGGAAGGGGAAGAGCCGCAAGAGGCUUAUUCUCGACAGCGACGAAGAGGAGGAGGAGGAGGAGGAGACAGUCGGAGAAAGUCCUCAGAGAGAGAACGGAGCACAGGGAGUGAAGGACUGUGUUGAGAAUAGAGUGGACAGUGGGGAGGAAGUGGUGAUGGAUACCGCCACAGAGGAGCGGACACCGACCGGCGAUGAGAGUACAAUCAGCAAUGCUGGAGCUCAUAGCCCUCCAACUACCUCUCAGAAUGCAUCGGCUUCAGUCGCCUCACGACUUCCCAGCUCCCUGGCAGACUCUGAGCUACUCAAGACACCUCCCAAGAGGAAGACAGCACGAAAAUAUACAGGACAACACACACGAAAACCUCAUCCCUCCGCAGCUUCGCCAUCUACUUCUUCUCCUUCUCUGGGAGGUGGUAGAACUACUCGUGUGAAUGGUGCAGCUAGUUCUCCUCCGGUUAAGAGAAGGAAGACGGCGGACGAGGAAGACGAGAGAGAAGGGGACAAUGGCUGUGCAGAUGAGGCAGGGAAGACGGAGGGGGUGAGGGGGGAGACAAGUGAGGACAAAGAGACGGAGAAACAAGAUGACGUGGAAUCAGAGAACGCGAGCAGACAGGAGGAGAGAGAGGAGAGAGAUGGAGGAGAGAAAGAAGCUUCACAUGGGAAGGAAGAGGAGAUGGAGGUGGGAGGAGAGGACCAGAAGGACGUGGAGAUGGCAGUCAGAGGUGGUGGGACACAAAAGGUCACCUCUACUCCUGCAACCGAGAAGAAAAAACCAAUUCACCCCUUCUUUACCUCUCGCACUCCAAAGAGAGCUAAAAAGGAGACUAAAGCGACUUCAUCAGUUUCCAAGGCCAAAGAAGAAAAUGGAGGUGGAGGUGUGUCUUCUGGAUCACCGCUGGGCCAGAGAGGAGCUAGUGAUGCCAGACCCAGCGAUGGAUACGACCCCACCAGGAAGACCUACCAUCCAGUGGACCACGCCUGCUGGACCAGGGGAGAGAAGGUCCCGUACUUAGCCCUUGCAAAGACGUUUGAAAAAAUCGAAGAAGAAUCGAAAAGGUUAAAGAUUAUUGCCACACUCACCAACUUCUUUCGCUCUGUGAUUGCUCUAUCUCCGGAUGAGCUGGUCAAAUGUGUCUACCUCUGUCUGAAUAAGCUGGCACCGGCCUAUGAAGGUACGGAGCUAGGUAUCGGAGACUCGCUACUCAUCAAGGCCAUUGCCGGAGCCACCGGUAGGAGUGUGCAGAAGAUCAAGAACGACGUGGUCAAGAAAGGAGACCUUGGCCUAGUGGCAGAGUCGAGCCGCAGUAACCAGAGGAUGAUGUUUGCUCCACCGAAACUCACCGUCUCUGCAGUGUUUGCCAAACUAAAGGAGAUUGCCAGCAUGACCGGCAGUGCCUCAAUGUCAAAGAAAGUUGAUAUGAUCAAGAGUAUGUUCGUCGCCUGUAAACAGUGUGAAGCCCGCUACCUCAUCCGAUCUCUGGGUGGUAAACUGCGUAUUGGACUGGCCGAGCAGUCUGUACUGGUGGCCAUAGGACAUGCAGCAGUAUACACACCUCCCGGACAAGACUGGCCGCUGGGUGUGGUCGAUGCUAGCAAUGGAGCAUCGAGCUCUGAACAGUUCCACAAGUCUCUCGACGAAGCAGUCCUCACUGUCAAGACAUGCUACUGCGAGCACCCAAACUACGAGCGACUCAUCUCGUCGCUCCUCCUCCGCGGAGUCUCGGAGCUCCCGGCCCACUGUCGGCUCACCCCGGGCAUCCCCCUCAAGCCAAUGCUGGCCCACCCCACCAAGGGAGCGCAGGAGAUCCUCCGCAGGUUCGAGAACGCCACCUUCACCUGCGAGUGGAAGUACGACGGAGAAAGGGCUCAGAUCCAUGUACUGGAAGGGGGAGAGGUGAGAGUCUACAGUCGAAACUCUGAGAACAACACCUCAAAAUAUCCCGACAUCAUCUCAAGAAUGCCAAAAGUUCUGAAGGAGUGUGUCAAGUCCUGUGUGAUAGACGGAGAGGCCGUUGCCUGGGAUACGGAGAAGGGGGAGAUCCUGCCGUUUCAGGUACUCAGCACCAGGAAGAGGAAGGACGCGAGCGAGGCGGACAUCACCGUCCAAGUCUGUGUGUUUGCCUUCGACCUACUCUUCCUCAAUGACAAGUCGUUAGUAAGAGAGCCACUGAAGACGAGAAGAGAGCUGUUGAGGUCAUCUUUCAAUGAGAUUGAAGGGGAGUUUGUGUUUGCCAAGUCAAUGGACGGAUCAGAUGUGGAGGAAAUCCAGGAGUUUCUGGAAGAAUCCGUCAGAGGGAACUGUGAGGGGCUGAUGGUGAAAACGCUCGAGAAGGAUGCCACCUACGAGAUUGCCAAACGGUCUCACAACUGGCUCAAGCUAAAGAAGGACUAUCUGGAGGGAGUGGGAGACACUCUUGAUCUGGUGGUAGUCGGUGGGUUCCACGGGACGGGCAAGAGGACGGGCAAGUACGGAGGAUUCCUCCUCGCCUGCUACGACGAGGAGAGCGAAGAGUUUCAGGUCAUCUGCAAGAUUGGAACAGGGUUCAAAGAGGAGCAGUUGGAGCAACAUGCAGUGUUCUUCAAGGACCACCUACUGGAGGGCCCCAAGCAUUACUACCGGUACAACGAGGGAACGCAGCCGGACGAGUGGUUCGACUCUGUCCAGGUGUGGGAGGUGAAAGCUGCAGACUUGUCAAUCUCGCCAGUCUAUACCGCUGCAGCUGGAAUUGUUGACGAAGAGAAAGGAAUAUCUCUGAGAUUUCCUCGUUUUUUGAGGAUCAGGGAAGACAAGACUCCAGAGCAGGCUACGUCCAGUGCUCAGGUAGCUGAAAUGUACAGAAGUCAAGUGAACUGUAUCAAAGCCAGCUCCAGUAGCUCAAACGCUGCAACUGAUGGUGUCAACGAUGACAUGUACUAGAAUGAUACAUUAUACAUGAAGUUGGGGAUGUAAGACAAUGUUUACAUUAAAAGUGAAAGCGUUUCAGUACAGUCAGUAGAAAUGAAAGGUAGUGCAGUAGAUGGGGAAGAAGAAUAUUGAAAGCAGGUGGUGUUAUUUUGUGUCGUUCACAAGAUUCCGAGAUCAAAUCUCUAGGCACAGCCGAAUGCAAGCCGGCUGUAGUGUUCAGUAGUACAUUGUUAGUGGUAGAUGAUGCACACUCUUGCAGUGGUCUGUCCACAUCACCAGGCAGGGUUCUGAUCACUGAUAGCAGUAUGGCCAUACAUUUUGCAGUGUGCACGUGAUCUUCAAAUUCUUUUUCUGGAUCAACUCCUUUAUGAACUGUCAUGCUGGACAUGAUUCUUGAAUACUCUGCGAUGGUGUGUUGGGGAGUUUUUAAUCUGAUGUUGAUUUUCUGAUUGUUUGGACGAAGAAGUUUGCUUGUGCACAUGUCCCUUACAGCCUUGGACUGGCGGAUGAAUUGUUGGGUACAAAACAGAGUCUGUUGCCAUGGCUGCCUUGAAAACGGUCUCUGUUUCUGGAGAGCCUCCACCACUGCUGGGUACUGGGAGGUGGGAUCUGAGAGGUGUCCAUUUACUUCAACUAUCAUAUCCUUUCUCCUCGCUCUUCUUCUGGGUAGAGGGUCCUUAUGCACAGUGCAUGUAUUGCCUUGAAUCUUGUUAUAAACUGAAGACUGUCACACAGAGUUCCAUGCUGUUCUUGAAGAGGUAACUCUUUCUCUGGAAACAGGAUUCUCCGCGCCUCUACCAUAGCCACUGUCUUACUUCUUGCCUUGUAUAUUCUUGACUGGACAUUCACUAGUAUUGCCUUGGAAUUUCUUGGCUUUGUAAUCUGUUUAAUCGAGACAUUUCGAAUAACUUUCAAUUCUGUAACGAAACUUAGAGAGAAUGAAAGUGUUUGCAUCCAAACUUGAGUUGGAAGCUCUUCCAUGAGAUAACAUCCACGACUUGUUAUUACAGUUGGGCGGUUGAUUGAUUUCAGUGCCUUCAUUCCGAAUUCCCAUGGCCUGAUUCCAAACUCAUUGUACAAGUCUGGACUGUAGUUUUUGGGGUAGUGGUCAUCGAUUGAAAGUAGUGGCUGUUGUUUGAGUUUCCUUGUGAGGUUGACAAGAUUCAGGGCCUGUUGCAGUGACGGAGUUUGUGUGUACUGGCUGUGUAACAUGAGACAGGUAACUGAGGAAUUGAAGCAAAGUCGGACAACAAAUUCUUGCAAGUUUUCUUCAGUGCGUUCAGACGUAAGCGGUUCUUCAAUCAUUCCAAUUGUUUUCAGCGUGUUGUUUUUAAUGAGAAGACAGGAAAGGGAUUCAAGAUCAGCGGGCAUAAUUUUGGUCUCGUGGAGGUGGAGUUCAGUAAGAGAGCAGUUGCUUUCUAGUGCUUCUAAAAGUUCUUCAAACCCUUCCUUUUCAAUUCCGCAUCUUGAUAGGUUUAGUUUAACUAUUUGUGUAGUGUUCAAAACCUUUGCCAAUUCUCUGGCUCCAAUGUCAAGCAUUGGAACACCUGACAAAUCCAACACCUGCAAACACUCAUUGUGUUCCAGACACUUGCAAAAUGACGUGCAUGACUCAAUACGAACCGCUUCAUCGGGAAUCAUCCAGUCAUAUUUAAGUCUCAUCACUGAAGAUUUUUUCAAUAUGCAGGUAGCUACAGUUUCUUCAUACUUUCCAAUGCUCAAUUCCAACGUUUUUACAGAUUCAAUUGCUUGCAGAACUACAUCCAUGUCACUUGGAGAACUAGCUGUUGUCAGAUAUAAAGUUUUGAUACUGUGUGAUAACCGGCUAUUCUUAAUCAUUUGGAAGACACUUUGCAGGGCAAGCAAGUCACCUCCAUUCAAAUUUCCCCUUAGUGCAAGAGAAGACCCCAAAAGAGGGACCAGGAGUGGGUUCCCGGCUUCAUAUACACAGUGCAAAAACAUCAACACAGUGACUGUGUCCACUCCAUAAAAUAAUGCAAGCAUCUGAUUAUGAUUGUGAAAUUGUGCGCCAUUUGACAUCUUGUGCCAAAUCUUCAAGGUCUUUCUAAAUUCCUCGGGACCAGGGUUAGGUUUUAGUGUCAUCAAGCCCAUCAAAUCGCGAAAAUAACUUCCGUUGGUCCCCAUGACUUUCAUGGUAUCCUGGACCAUCUGCUGACUUAAUUGCCCUUCAGACGGGGGUAAACCUAGCAUUUGUCUUGGAUCUUCAGUGGUUUGAUUAAAUUCUUGCUGGAGCUUUUGCAUCAUUUGUUCCAUAAUAACCAUGAAUGGUAUUUGAUCUGUUCCAAACAAUUCAAACAAUUCUUGGAAAAAUGGUUCAAAACUAAAACCCUGUACUUUUUCAAAUAGUGUCUUUAUAAAUGCACUUGAACUUGAUGGAUCUAUACCUUUUUGAGCGGCUAUUUUCCCCCAGGCAUUUAACAUAACAUUCUUUAUUGUCUCCCCAUCUUUCCCCCCCAUAUCAAAUGUUUGCUCUGUUCUGCCAUCGCUCAUAUCACGUUGAAAGGCUCAUAUCUGUAUACAGAAACACUGCUCAAAUGGACGUAAAACCCGUUUUCGAGCAUUCCAAGACGUUACUAGGAUCAUCAUCCAAGCCUUUCCAUAGUAUGCUGAAUGCUUUUCGAGUGCUUAAAAAGGACUUCGACCACGCUUUCAUUCUUCCACGAAGUUAGGGCAGAGUAAAAACGAAGCACGUAAUCUUUCGGAGCUUCAAACAAAUGCUCGAGCAUUUCUUUUUGCUUUGGGACUGGCUGUCUCGACACGUGGAGAGCAGCACACAACUCUUGAAGGGACGAGUGAAGGAAAUACUGAGUCACACUACUUCCCCUGGCUGCAAUACUGCGUACAUUCUGCAGCAGACCCAAACCAUCCAUUUGGGGGUUUGAAAAAGAAUACCUCUCAUUCACCGUCGCAUUAUAGGCUAAUUCGCAUAACUCGUACACUCUAGGCUGAAGUUGAGACGGCACAUCGUCCAAAGAUACCAUGCUAUCUUCAAGGUCGAGUAUACCAUUUUCCUUGCAAUAGCGAUAAAGACAAGAAAGUGCAAGCUCGAUAAUGAUUGCACAGAAUGACUCGGGCAGAGUCUUGCUACAGUCGUACAAGUGAACUAUGAUUAUCAACAUGAGCGGAAGGUAGCAAUUCUCUCGAAGUUUGGGAUUUCGAUUGAUGAUUGCGAGCAAUUUUUGCGCUCUAUCGGGCUCCCCUUUAGAUUCAAAGCACCCUUCCACAUAAGCCUUGAUUUGAUCGGGAGUAAAACCUAAAGCUUCAACUUGCAAUGCAAUGUAUUGCUGA